CUAGAAAUUUGGCUGUUCACAAAGAAUUUAUGAAUCUAAAAUUAGAAUUAUACGUGUAAUGCUAUAAUCAUGCGCUUUAGAAACUCUUUGUGGCAGGUUAUGUAUAAAUGGACGUAAUAAACGGCAUUGUUUAGAUUUUCGGUUAGUUGUGCCUGGCACCUACGUUAGGAGGAGGAUUGUUCUCUCUGGCUAGGCCUAAGGAAUGGUUGCAUAUCUGACAGUUGAUGCAUAGUGGUACCUCACGAAUUAUUAAUAUUAUCUAACAUGGCUGCGAUAACCAAGCCAGAUCCAAUUUUAUUUAUCAAUCGGUUUCUGUGCUAUGGCAAUGAGUAUCCAUCAUAUUGUCCAAGGUUUACAAAACUGACAUUAGCGAAAACACCGCAUUUAAAAGACAUGAUAGAGGAUGAGAAACGAGCAAACGAGGUCAUUGCCGAAAUUGGACGAUUCUCUUUACAAGGAUCCUCAGUUAACCGGCAUGCACUAAUUUUUGCAUUGGCUGCAUGUGCACACUCGAAGUCGCCAUCUGCGAAACAUGGAGCCUAUGCACUCCUGCCCCGUAUCCUACUUGACAGUUCUGAGUUGUUCACCUUUAUUGAUUAUGCGACUACAUUGAGUGCACCGACCUCUGGCUGGGGUCAUGGCCAGCGAAACAGCAUACUUAACUGGUACAAAAACCGAUCAGCAGUAGAACUUGGUGCCCUCGUUUGCAAGGGCAAAUCACGACUGAAGUGGACACACAGAGAUGUCCUCAGACUCAUCCACCCGAAAGCUACUAAUGAUGGCUUGGCUGCUGUUUUUAUGUUUAUUAUGAAAGGUUAUGACACGGUAAAGAAGACCUAUGCAGAGAGUGAUUCUACUGAAGUGCAAACGUUGCUCAAGUAUUUCUAUGGAGUUAAUGAAGUGAAGCACACCACAGAUCACCAGGUUGCAGCACGUUUCAUUGAGGAGCAUAUUUUGACAUCUGCACAAGUCCCAACUACCUUGUAUACCAGUAAGGAGGUAUGGGGUGCUCUUGCACAGACUAUGAAUUACGUGGAAUUGCUCAAUCAUCUAGGCAAGAUGACUGCUAUUGGGGUGCUUGAAGAAGAUAGCCCCUUCACUUCCAACAUCCUUGUCCGCAUCACAGACAGCGAGUUAAUUAGAGAGUCGAAGAUACACCCAGUCGAAAUCGCCAACCUUCUGAAGAUGUAUGAGUGUGGACAUGUUUCAACAAUGUCAAAGCUCAACUGGAUUCCUUAUAUGCCAGUGAUGGAGGCUCUUACAAAUGCGCUUCACACGUCGUUUGAGCUCCUCGUUCCGACUGACAAGACCUACUGCGUAGCAGUGGACAUUGCCGGUUCCUCCACAGCUGGACGAGAGCAUGGGGUGGUCACCACGCACAUAUCCACAAUAACUGCCGCUAUGGUGACGGCACUGGUCAGAAAAGAGCCAGAGGUAGCGGUGUUUGUGUUCCACAGUAAGGAGAUACAGCCCAUCAGCACUAACAAGAGCAUGUCUGUGGAGAAUAUUGCAUCGCUGCUGACGCCGCACAUUACUGGAGGUACUGACCCAUCCAAACCUCUUACCUGGGCCACAGAGCAGAAGACGGCAUUUGAUGUGUUUCUCAUACUGAGUGAUCUCUUACAAUUAUCCAAUGAUAACACUAAAGAGGCACUCAAGGAAUAUCGAGCUGCUGUGAAUCCGGAUGCAAAGCUCCUGGUGUGUGGAAUGAAGAAGAACACAAUGAUGUUUAAGACUGCUGAUUACAACGAUGCAGGCAUGCUGGACAUCGUUGGAUUUGAUGAGCGCUGUCCACAGCUGAUUGCAGAGUUUGCGCGGGGCUUCAAGUGAGGCUAGCACUCGCUGUGUAUGCCCCGCUGAUGAAUGUACCAUGAGUCCAUUGUGCAAAUGUAUCGGCAAUGUUACUGUCGCCGGUAUUCCUGUAUUCAGUUGUUGCCCUUUUACGGGCAAAGCAUCUCCAGCUUUGAUGCUGGAUUUCCAUCAUCUGAUUCUUGUUCACCUUUGGUGUUGGUCGCUAGGUGAGGGCUCAAGUAGCAUGCUGCACUGUGUGCUGCCGCCGUCUUUGUGUUUCAAAUGUAGAGUCGAUUGUGGGAGACACGCUUAUUAUAUAUGGGGUACAGUAUGGAUCAAGGCAUUUAUGUGUGUGGUGAUAGUAGUUAUUGCAUUUAAAUGUACAUACAUCUGUACUGUGUUUUGCCUCCUUUUGCCUGUAGCAUCUCGGCUAGUUAUAUGUAUAUAUACCACAUGUUAUCAUAAAUAGAUGUGUUGGCAACCAUAAAGUGGAUGCUAUACAGAUUAUUUUUGUAUUGUGGGAAACUAUGAUUAUGGUUGUUAAAAAUGUGGUAAAAACAACUCGCGUGAGGUUUU